AGCAUUGAACAAACAAAGACCAAUUUGCAAGAUGCCUCGCAAACGUCCCACCGAGGCAACAUGGGACAGCGAUGAUGAUCUCCUCAAUGAUGAAGUUGGCAUCACCACAUAUGCAACGAAAAGGGUCCCGGAAGAUUUCAACCCAGACGAGGUUGAUGAGGAGGCGCUUCUUGCUUACAGCGAUGAUGAAAUUCAAGUUGUUGCCCAGGAUGAAAUAGAACAGACAGAGGAAGUAGUAGAGGAAGUUUAUAUGGAAGAAGUGGAGGAAGAGGAAGUUCCAGAUGAUAGCCAAGUGGUUCAAGAGGAAAUCUAUGAAGAGGCUGUACCAGUGGCAGACGUGUAUCACGCCAAGCAGACGACACAUGCAGAGGCCAUUCUCGAUCCCUCACAGGAGCAACUCCAUGAACACGAAGAUGAUGAAAGCGACUCGGGAAGUGAUGGCGAGGGUGGCAGACGUCGACGAGCACGCUUCCAAUCAGAACGAGGAUCAUUUGAAAAACGUAGCACAUCAACUGUUUCCCUUUCUACAACGAUCAAAAAAGAAAUUCCGGAUGAAUUGCCGGAUAUCAGUGCGGAGGAUCAGGCCAAGAUUGAUAAAUAUAUGACAAAAGGUGGUGCACGUGGGCGUGGGCGUGGACAGGGUCGUCAGGCAUGGGGUCCUCGUGGUGGCCAGCAGCAGUUCAGGCCGAGAGUCGGUCAGCCUAUUCAGACUCACCAUGCACCAGUUCAACAUCAUCAACAUAUACAGCAUGUUGAUCAUCAGCGCUAUGAUCAUGGACAGCAUAUGCAUCACAUGCAGCCUCCUCCAUUGCAGCAUGUGCAUUAUCCCCCACAUGUGCAGCAUGUACCACCACAGGCGCAACACGUGCCCCCACAUGUGCAACAAGUCCAUUAUGAACCUCCUGUACAACACAUGCAUCAAGUACAGCACGUGGUGUAUGAACCCCCGAGGCCCCAGCAGCCUGUCAUUAGAGUACCAGCUCCCCAACCAGUCCAAACCAAAAAGAUCCACAUCAAUCCACACUUCAAGCCAAAGGUGGAGUCCACACGACCCGCUUGGGAACCUCCCCGAAGUCAACCAGUGCCACAGUAUUUGCCCCACUCACAGCCUCAGCCGGCUCCACAGCAUUAUCCCCCAAGGAGUGAGCCUGUUCAUCAACCUGUCUAUUCUCAACCGUGGUCGUCAGCAGGCCAACCCUACGCUCAGCCCCACUAUACAGCAUCCCAGGCACCGUCGGUGUCAUACGCCUCAGCCUCGGCACCACCCCCACAGCCGUACCAGCCUCCUCCUCCUCCUCAUGUGCAACCUGCCUACCAGCCACAGCCACAUCCAGCUUACCCCCAUUCUGCCCCAGCCCCAGGGAUGCCUCCUCAAAGAUACCAAGCACCACCACAGCAUGUUCAUCGUCCAGUCGUUCAUCAGCAUCCUGGGCCACCGCCUGGUCACCGCCAUCCUGGACCGCCUCCACCCCAACAUCAUUAUCAGGCGCCACCACCAAGACAUGAACCCCCACGACUGCCGCCUCCAACUAGCGGAAAUAUAGUGUACCACCCACAGCAUUCACAGCAUGUCGAGUCAUCGCAACCUCCUGUGAUACACGAGCAGCACCAGCCGAGACCACAGGUGGCGCCAGUGCAGGCAAGGCCACAAGUGGCACAGGUGCGACCACGACAACAUGUGAUUUCACGGCCUGCAGGUCAGCAGCACAGUCCCCAAGUUCAGGGCUCCCAGACGAUACAGACGGUGAUUGGUCGUAAGAAGAAGCCGGUACUUGGCUUUAAUCAGCAGCAGCAGCAGCCGUUUUCAGCUCCGCAGCAGAAUCAACCAAGACAACCAUUCCAGAGCCAAAGUAGGACGCCAGUACAAGUGACUCUUCAAAGGAAACGACUCUCCGAUGCACCCAGCCCAAAUGUGGAAGUCACUGCACCAAAACUUGCUAAGAUCGAACGAGAUCUGCCCCAGAAUAACAUUAAGAUACAGACAGUUGAUAUGAGCGUGGAACCGGUCGACGAGGAGUACCAGCGAAAAUUAGAAGAACAGAAACGAUUACGGGAGGAGAUCAAACGCAAGAAGGAGGCGCGGAGAUUGUUGCAGUCAUCUGAAAGGAAAGAACAAGUCCAGAAAACGCUAGCGAAGCAAGGGAUUCAAGUUGUGGAACCAGCACCAGCUGCUCCUUCUGUUGUUAACCAAGCUGUACAAGUUAUAGAGAGGCGCCCUGUCAGUCAGAAACUUCAUGUAGUGCGGCACCAAAACCAAAACGUUGUAACACAGGUGCCAAUUCAAGAUAGUGCGGGGCCAAAGGUUGUGAAAACAAGUGGGCCAACACAGACUCUGAAGCAACCUGGUCCAGGACGACACCUUGUUUCAAGGAAAGUCUAUAAACUUAUUACGCUAAAGGACGGUAGAAAGAUUCGACAGUUAGUCAGCAGUGGCCAACCAGGGAACGUAUCUGGCCCACUGCCGCAGCAAGGUGGAAUCGUAAAAGUAGUCCGUAACCAAAAUAUUAUUCAAAGACGAUUUCCGGGACCACCUGGGCCCCAGCAGCGUAUGCAAGGCCCCCAUCCUGGGGCGAGGCCAGGUUUCCGACCUGGUUUCCAUGGUCCUAGAUUAUUUAAACAAUUUCAAGGUCAGGGUCCCCCUGGGCCUGGGCCACGUUUCCGGGGGCCUGGUCCGAUGGGUAUGAGGUUUAGAGGCCCUGGGCCGCGAAUGAUGCGGUUUUCUGGUCCUCAUCGGCCCCCUAUGGGUAUGCAACUGGGUCCCCGUAAGAUGAUGCGGGGCCCACCCCCAAGGCAGGCUGUGCCACCUUCAGCAAAGGCUGCUCCUAAAGUUCAAGGUCAGCAGACAACGUCUCAAGCAGAGCGUGUCAUGCAGAGUAAGACGCAAGUGACCGGUAUAAAACGGACAGUUAAUACUGCGGAGAGUGCAAAGGGUUCGGGAGAUGCUGCUACAGUGCCAAAACGGGUUGUUGUCGAGAAAUCUCCGACGAAGAAACCUAUUGGUGAUGGGGUAACCAAAAGUGUCUCGAUAGAAAACCUUUCAUCGUCAACUUCACUUGUCAGGAUACGUAAAUUAUGCAAUUCAAUUGGACCAUUAGAGAGUAUAAUAUUAGACGCCCAGGAAAAGAAGGCCACAGCCAAGUUUCAGAGUCCCACUCAUGCCGCAGACUUUGUGGAGAAAUACAACAGGCAUAUGGUGGAUCUUUCUACUCUUAACUUGUCAUUGCUGGUGUGAGCCGCAGCUGGUGCUGCAAGUACGGAAAACCAGGAAGGUCACACUCUACAUGGGCCGCAGAUUUCAUUCAAAAAUGUUAUCUGAAAAGUUGUCAACGCGGUGAUAGUUGACAUGUAUAAAAUAAAGAGCUGUCGCAGUACCUUGUCCGUUGGCAUUUGCAUCUAAAAUCACUUCUGUCAGUGUGUUCUUGUCAAGAAUUGCUAUAGGUGUGUUUGAAGUUGCUUCUAAGUCCAUUCACAGUCUUGGUACCAUUAAUGUCUAAAAUGAUAUUUAGAAGGGUAAAAUCGGCAUGUGAAUUGCACACGGUCAGUGUCCAGUGGCAUAUCUCGGUUGUUUUCUGGCUAAGUGCAGGAAAAACAUUGCAAUCCUAAUUGCUACGUCGAAUAAUUUAUCUGCCAUCUCUACACACCAUGACAACCACAUGGAAUCUUGGCUAAAUUGGACACAAGCUGAAGUACUCGUUAUUUGUGACCUCUGGGAACCUCCUUCUGGCAGAGAUCCAGAGUCAGUUCGAGAUGUGGUUUCAGGACACUUGGUAGUAGAAAGAUUAAGCGGGGAGGGGAGGUUUUUUUUAGCAUCAUUGUUGUACUUCAUAUACGAGUUACUUGAAUGUACAUGUACAUGUAGUUGAAAGGCCUGUGUCAAAUUAGCUAAUGUUCCUGUGAAAAUAAGUCAUCAAGGAGGACACACAUAACGUGGGAUAGGAUUGCCGUACAGACAGUAUGCGUUGAUUUAUGGUCGCCAUGGGAUGUGGUACGGUACCUUCAUCCAGCCGUAAGAGGAUUACGUUUUAAGGCGGUCAGCAUUUAUAGGUGGAUAUUGUUGUGUUUUGAAAUCGGACUCGCAUGCUCUCAUAACAAUAGAACUAAUUCAUGAAACAUUUUGGAUGUUGCUGUGUCGGUAUUCAUAACGUGACGUGGUUAACGAAUAUCUGACAUUUGUCUUUGAAACUUAAAAGCAUUUUAGUUAUUUUGUCAUUGGUCCUUUUUUUGCCUAAUUGAAGGCAAAAAUGGAAGUUCAUAUGGACAGCGUUCACUGAAUUUGUCAAUUAAAUGAAAUUGGACUUGAAUCAAUCAAUAAAGUUGGACUAGAAUGUAUUGCUUUUUACGCUUCAAACACUUUGCAAUCAUGUUGUACAAUAUAUCUGGCACAGACAUACUGGAAAACAUACAUAUCAUGUACAUGUAUGUAUCAACAAACAUGCACCAGUACAUUUAUAUGUACAGAUGAGGCUCGGAAACUCAGAUUCUUUCAGCAUUAUGGAUUAUAGACAGAUGAAUUUUAUCGUAAUUUUAACUAAACUUGUUAUGUUGUGAUGUUAGACAUAUCAUUGGUAUGUUUGGACUGAACUGCUUGGCAAUAAUCGGUUUGACUGUCUGCACUGAACGAUGCAUGUACUUUUUAGCACCAGAGAUAAGUUCGGAAAGUAUACAUGCCUUUUAAUUUUAUCAUGAUUACAUAAAUUCUUGAAGUUGUGACUGAUUGGUGUUUCCUUUUUACAUGAUACUCAAUGAUCUGUUAAAAACACUGCACGUUUCGAAGUAUCAGACAAUACAGAAAUUAGCUGAAUCAAUCCCUACGUAGCUAUUUGAGAUUCAGAGACUGGGUUGUUGAAAAUGUUAAAAUGAUAUUUUGGAAGAAUUUGUGGAAGUUCGUACAGCAUUUUCUUCGAUAUCAUAUUGAUCUAUUAAAAACCUUUGUGAAAAUGUGAUUGUUCGUGAUGUUGUUUUCUAAAGUCGGGGAUUGAGUGAGUUAUCAAUUACCAGGUUAAUGAGGAUCUGGUUAAGUUUGCCUGUACAUGUAUGACAACUCCAUAAGAAUCCAAAAGUAGUUGUGUGGAAUUCAUCAACCGAUGGUGAUUGUAAAGUCACUUCAUGUAUUUAUUGUGAUCUGUAAACUGUUCAAAACAGCUUAGUCGAGAAAUAAAUUUAGCUCCAUUGUUCAA